GGAAACAGGGAAAACGAAGAAGAAGCCAUCGUGCUUUAGCCGGUGCAGUUGUGAAACCGCGUCCUGAACUUUGACAGAAAUGUGCGGUCAGAGUAAUCGCGAAGAAAUGAGCUCAGUCAGAGAUGAAGGUAAAGACAAAAUUAUAUUUGUCACCAAAGAAGAUCAUGAAACCCCCAGCAGUGCUGAGCUUGUAGAAGAAGACCCCGAUGACCCCUAUGAAGAGCAAGGUCUAAUUCUUCCCAAUGGUGAUAUAAACUGGAACUGCCCUUGCCUGGGAGGGAUGGCCAGCGGUCCCUGUGGGACUGAAUUUAAAGAUGCCUUCUCCUGCUUCCACUACAGUAAAGAGGAAGUGAAGGGCUCCGAAUGCCUGGAGCAGUUCAGGGCUAUGCAGGAGUGUCUGCAGCGCUACCCCGAGCUCUAUCCACAAGACGAUUCCCCAUCCAGCCAGACCUCACAGGAUUCUGCUUCUGCAGAGCCGUCAAGUCCAGACAAAACACCGGGCAGUGAGCAGGACUCUGAUACCACACCACCAAACACAGAGAGCUCAGAGGAGAGCUAAUAAUGAGCUUUUAUUGUGAUACUCGAUUCUCAUCAUUCACAUUUAUCAUUCAGUCAUGUUUUUAUGGAACAUAGCAAAAAUGUCUUUAUUAUUUUUUUGUUUUGUUUUGUUUUUAAGUAAAAACGGCUCAUGUGAAAGGGUGUAAAGUUGUCUGAAAUUGUGAGUUACUGUCAGAUGACGAGUUAACCAGGUAAACCUAGAUUUAAAAAAAAAAAUCAAAAACCUGAAGCUAUUUAAUUGGAUGCACUGUAAAAUAAAAAUAACAGUUAUCAUGAAAGUUUUUCCUUUGGUCUAUAACUUUUCUGCGAAACAAUACAAUAAAUGUGACAAUAUUUAAUCUGUAGCAGAAACAUUUUUUUUAAAUUUUAAUUUAACCUUUAUCCAGGUAAACUGUUUGAGAACCACAUGCACAUUAAGACUGUUUCAGUUCUUUUGCAUUCUGGGUAAUAAGUUAAAUACUGUAUUUCACUUGCAAAUCAGGUGAUCAGGAGAAAAAAAUAACCUCCUUGAGUGUUUAGAUUCAAGCUGUUUGAUCAUGUCACUGUGAUCCAAGGCCUUUUUUUUUUUUAGCUCAGUCAGUGAGUCACAGGACCAAGUUUCCAAUCCUGUCGUCUGAUGUUUCUGUUUGUACUUUAAUUAGUUGACUGCCCGCUUUGAGAUUUACAGCAACAACACUGGAGACUGAACUUACAGUAAAAAAWUUUUUUACAUUUUCUGCUCAUUAUUAACCGUAUUCUCCUGUACCUUUUAAUUGUUUUACAAAAUGUUCAAAAUUUUUUUCACUCAUUCAUUUGCUGAAUUUAGGGAGAUUUAAUGUAUGAAGAAACAUUUCUGAAACUGAGCUUUCAUUGUUGUUACCACUGUUCUCUGUUCUGCACUUAUUCUGCCAAUUUAUAAUUAAACUUGACAUAUUUACCUCAUCUAAAGCAAAGUGUUUUAGUGCAGAAAAAAAGGAUCGAAGUGAAUAUUGUGGACAAUUUUGUAAUAAAAUAGAUUACACCUUUA